AUGAAUAGCCCGGAAGAAAGCGCAGUUCGAGAUGUAAGCAAAUCAAAGAGUGCCUAAUUAAUUCACGAAUUCCUCAUUUCAGCUCGGACAAUUCACGAUGGGUGUUCUGAAUGGACUGCUCGACAUGCACAGCACCGCCGCAUCAUUCAUAAACUAUUCGUUUCCAAUGCGAACGGUCAAAGCUGUCGUGCGACGUGGAUCCGAGAAUGCAGAGCUGAUCAAUCAGAUUGCCGACAGUCUCAAUCAUUUGGUGAUCUAUUUGAACGAAGAAAUUGUUGAGUACGCAAAGAAAGCGUCUCCCGUGGGAAUGGAGAGCCGCUAUUUCACCGAAUUGCUGAAGCGCAUUCAUCUGCUCUACGAGGUGUGGCUGGCGAUGGAAGUGCACAAAGAUUACCAGGACUACGAACUGACAAAGCACGUGGAUGCGAGCAGAGAGGCCGUCAAGCUGGCCUACGAAAUCAGCAAAAGUAAGCUUCCGUCCAGCAUGCUUUGUCCUCUCUUUCGAGCUCUUCAGCCUGUUCUAUCCACACGCAUUUUCUCCUUUCAGAUUACGAUCGUUGGAAGGAGCUCAAUCCGAAACUGCGCGAGUUUUUUCUAGAUGAGAAGGAAGAUGUGAAGUCGGCGGUUGAAGAUGUGGAGCCGACUCUGUUCGCGAGAGAUGACGGCGUCGUCACUUCGCUCGCACACGAGCAAGCACAGUCGGACGAGGACGGCAAGAAGAAGCAGUUCGUGAUGAAAACGGAGAAGGUAGAGACCCCUAAAAAGAAAAAGAAGCGGAAUAAGAAGAAUAAACCGCAGCACCAAUAGAGUCGAAUCGUUCUUGUACCAUGGCGAGUUGUUCCCGUUUGAACUUGUGCCAACUUUUGUGAUUUCAUGCCCCGUUUCUGUCUUACCCUCUUCAUCUUCAUCCCACUAUUUUGGGUAUUUAUUUACAUGCUCGGUAUCAAAAUAAACGUUUUUCAGCUUUCAAAAAUUGUGUGUAUGCAUUGAAAGAAAGACAAUCUGGAUAUUUCCAGGUGCUCAACAAUUACCGAGCCAAAAAUCCGGACUACAAAACAAUGCGAGAACUGAUUAAUGCGACCGCGAACUUCCGAUUGGACGGAAUUCAUUCGGAGAAUCUCAUCAACGAGUGGGUCUCCCGCUUCCCGCUCAUCUUCAACCAUUUUACAGAAUCAUCGCCGUCUGGGAUAUGGCAAUCGAGCACCAGAUGGAGAACUCUGAGGAGAAGCACACGUUCACCGCUCUCCUCAAAAAAGUGUUUUUGCUUUUCACGGAGAAACAGAGGAACGAUCUGGCCGCCAAACUCUACGAUAAAUACAAAGAGGAAUCUGACGACGUGCUCCCGAAUCUCGAGAACUUUAUCGAAAACUUCAGUGCGGGACUCACGGGGGCAUUGAACAGUCUGCCACUUGACUCGACCACUCUCAGCAACAACACAAUUGCAUUCGAUAAGGUCAAGGAUCGGGUGAGCGAUAGGCAAAACGGGUCCGAUCGAAUGCGUUCUUUUUCAGCUCAUUUGGUAUCUGUUCGUGUCGCCCGUGAACACUCUUCACCAAUUGCUGCUGAUCUGCAUCGACAACAAAGGAUACGUUCCCCUCAUCAUUCGGAUCUGUCGGUCCCUCCCCACUCUGUUCGAUCGCUCCGUUCACAUCACUCCGAACGCCUACGAGGAUGUGAAAAAGGAGAGAGUGCUGAUCACCCUCCUGCACAGAAUAUUCGUGAUCGGAAGAACCACGUGGACGAAUGCUGCCCAAUGGGAGAACGCCGCCUUCAUGACGAUGUCGUUCGGAAAGUGUCGCAAACGAAAGGACGGUCAGCCGGAAACAGCAGAAGACAAAGCACUGAUCGAUUCGCAUUCGCUUAUCGAAUUCGCGCUGACCGAGUUGCCCCGGAAUCAGAGAAAACCGCAAAAGGCUGUGGAAAUGUUCACCCGGAUGCUUCAACGUCUUCUCGCGAACAACAACAACGCCCGGAUGCUCGCCACCUAUCGAUUCGGAAAUUCAUUCCAGGAAACUGGCGACGCCGUGCUUCCUACUCCGAUAAUCAUUCAAUUGAUGUACGAGCUUCUGAUUGAAUACGAGGGAACAUCGGCGGAAAUAAGCGAUGCGGUGAGAGAGAUCCUCAAGUCGAUCGGCGGACGAAUGGAAGCCGACGGAGUUGUGUUCGAUUCGGACACGUGUGCAUAUCUAACAGAAGAGAGCUUCAACGGCGCGCCCUGGUGGAUAAAGUACUCUAUCAACUCGUGGUUCUCUUUCUCCCUCCAGAAACCGAAAAGACAGGUUCCAUCCGGAGUUUAUCAGACACUUUCGGAGGCGAACAAGGAUCUCUUCGAACAGAUAAAAGCCGAGGAGACGGCUUCUGUGUCCGAGUGUUAUCUCCGAUCCCUCUUCGAAUUGGGACUCUUCGAUGUGGAACUGGCUAUUGAUCUCUUGCAUUACGGCCACCAUGCCAAGUUCGGAGGAUCGGAUGCAGUCGAGAAAAUAGCUCUGGCAUUCGUGGAUAGCUACGGAAAAAGGUUGGCGAAGAGAAAUGGAGGAGUAGAAAUCGGCAAGCUCGUCAAGGCGAUGCUCAAGACAUUCGAUCCGAUCCGAGAGCUCGUUCCACUCAAAGCCUACAGCAACUACUACUUCGACAGCGUCAGCAAGAUCGAGCACAUCAUUGUUCUGUUCAUGGCUGCCAGAAUUGCACGAGAGAAGGAGUUGAGUGCGAAGAGAGUGGGAACGAGCGAAGAAGUGCAGAUCACAUAUGACGAGAGACUGACUGCGAUUCAAGUGGCCGAACACCUCAUGGACAUUUUCUGCGAGACGGCGAAAGCGCACGUCGAGGGGGAAGCGAGUGAAGUGGCCAAGCUGAGAGAGCACGCAAACAGCGUCAUCUUCACGCCGGGAGUGACCGAAGAGAAGUGGAAGCUGAUGACGGAGAGAGACGAGAGAGAACAGUCUCUCGUGAUGCAAGUCACGAUGCUCUACCUGAACUGCUCGCACUUCUGUCGUCUCUAUCAGAAUCCGCCGAUCAAACUGCAACAACUGAUGAAUGUGACUCUCGACAAACAGUUCGAUUCGCAGAAGUUGGUGGCCAAGAUGGUGAUGGACGAAGCACUGACUGAUCAAAGAAAGGUGAGGGAAUCGAGUGAAUGCACUCGUGAGAUGACCUAUUUGCAGGGCGAGGUUGUGUAUGCUAUCGUAGAUCCGCCAGCCGAGCCGAAGAAUCCAGAGAAGGAGGUCGUUCAGCCGGUGAAACAAUCGGAACUGAUGCCCUCGAAACAGCCGCAGCAGUCGAGUCGCCACGAGAUCGAGAGCACUUCGGCAGAGAAUCUGAUGUUCGGACAGAAUGGAGGUGAGUUUCGACGAGUGAAUGCACUUUGGCAUUGCAUGCGAACACACCCCCACAUUGAUUUUGUUAUGUGAUUGGUUUCAUUGCCUGCUAAUUCAGAACACCGCCACGAAAGGCGAGGAAUCCAAUACGGCAACCGGAAUUGGACUGUGCGGCCGAAGCAGUACACGGAGAAUGAAAGGCUCUCGCAGCGGGGACCGAGAUCCGAACGGGAGCGGACUGGUUACCGUCCCAAGUGGACUCCCGUCAACGACACGCAGACGUUCAAUCCUAGAGAUCGGGACGCCGUGUAUUCGAGAACGAAGAAUGCACCGAGCGGAGAUUACGAUCAUUCGUCUCGUGACAAAAGACUAUUCGACCACGAGAAGCUAUAUUUCGACGACAGACGGAGUCCGUUCGACCCAGACGUCCGUAGGCACUCGGAAUCGAGAAGCUACAACACGUGGAACAGCCCCUCUUCUCGUCGUUUCCCUUCCGAAUCGGAAUUUUCACACGAGGACAGCGAGAACAGGUACUCCUCGGUUCGCAUGCGGCAUGCCCCGCUUCACGUAUCUUCACUAAUCCAUUGCUCUCAUCCCCUAACCACUUUAUGUUCCAGACUGCUCGACAAAACUGUUCGAUUUGUGCACGGCUACUCCCAAAGAGACACGAUCUCCUCCUCACGAGCCGGCAGCUCCUCCAGCCCGCCGCCCAAAGCCAAAGAAGUCAAACAGAAAAAAGAGUACGGCGGCGACUUCGGCGGCCGUCGCCACGGACCAACGCGUAAGCCAGCCGACCGAAACUCAUUCUCAAGUGAGCGAUCCGCGCGCAAAUCAUUUGAAUAUCCAAAAUUUUCAGUGGAUCAAGAAGAAGAAGGAAAGAAAAGAGUGAAGGCAGUGCAUUCGGAAGAGAGAAGACCUCGUUCAGGCGCUCGGUCGUGGCGCUUUCCAUUACUACUGAAUCCUUCUUCUGUUCUCCAUUCGCUCAUUGCUCACUUUGAUUCUCUGUUCAUUUUUCUGAUCCGAUUCUAUUAG